AACACGAGAACAUUGCGCUUCAAGGGUAGAUUCAUAUAUUCACACGGCAAAGAGAUUCGCAGGCACGGACAAACACACGAGCGAUCCAUCGAUUGGUUGGUGUUGUGAACAAGGUCCGGUUCUGGGUUCGAUCUUCGUCGGUUGUUCGAGUCCCUUGGUUUACCAGCGCAUCGAAUUUUGCUUCAUCCCGGAGAACCUAGCUGGAAAUCGAAUCCGACACAGUACRCAGUGCAGUAUAGUGUCAAACCGCGACACUGAGUAGGAGCACCAGCACCGUCCCCGAAGGAGAUUCUCYAUWCGUUUCCAUACCCGCCGAUGCUGUUUCCGCAAUCCCACUCGGAAGCCACGGCGACGAUGGGUGGUGCGGAUGCGGACGUGGACAUGAACGCGGGCGCAAGCGAGGAAAGGAAUGKCAACCACACCACGGACAAGAGUGCGGGUGCGAAUYCCUUCCAKGGCACCCACCCGGUGGCCGUGYCGAAGUCGUUGUCGCCGCUACGGCAGGCCAUGGCGCAGAGGCGGAGGCACCCGCACAAGCACAAUCACAAGCACUCUCCCAAAAAGGAGGGAAAGAACAAGCACAAACACAAGCCUCCGCACGUGGGGGGCCGCGUCGGUGGCCGCCGCCAGCGCCGACUCUGGCAGCUGCCCGAGUCCUCGAUCAUUGAGUACACAAAGUGGAUCCAGGACAAGCCCGAGGCCGAUCGGACGCCCAGCGAGGAACGCUUUCUGUGGAAAUGCAUGAUCCGGAGCCUGGGGGUCGUUCCCUUUGGAAAGGAAAAGGCCAACAACGGCAGGAACGGCGGGAGAAAGCACCGGCAGGAACGGAUCCGGGAGUUUGUGGAUCGCCUGGAGACGAAGGAACCGGCGGAGCGAACCGCCAACGAAGAACUCUUUGUCAAAAUGUACCACAAGCGGCGAAGCCAGCGCAAGGCCGCGAGAAAAGCCCAAAGAAAACAACASCAGCAGCAAGCCUCCGCCGAACCCGUGGCCCUGUCGUGGAUGCGCAACGGAAGCAGCAACUCUGCCUGCGCCAGCGAAACCUCGAAGAACCGACCGAACGGAAGCGACAACGGCAGSAAGAAGGGUCUCGAACCCAUGGCGAGCCUCGAGAGCCUACGAGAGAGCAUGAUGAAAAUGGGCCUCUCUUCCGACAAGCUGAAACAGGUUCGGUUUGCGGAUUAGGACCCGCCGACCGACCUCGCUGCCUACCGAGACGGUUCGCAACUCCUCGUUUCGGAACAACCACGGGAUUGCGCCGAGUCCCGAGUAAUCAGUGUCAAUGACUCGAAAAAGUAUUUCAUUUCGAUCGCAAGCAUUGAUCCGCCACGACGACAACAACGACGACAACAACGACGACAACAACGACGAUAAUUCACUCACCGUCGCUCCGAUUUAUAGAAACAUCCCAUUAGGGAGACGCUUCUUCGCCCCAACAUUGCUCUCCCCAUUGACAACAAAACCUAAUGCAACCACUCCCAGUGCCAGGGUUGGUCGCAACGGCACCGACAACAAGCGCAGAGGGUACCACAGUAGUGGACCAGGUUUUUUGUCGUUGGAAGAGCCACAUUGUUGACCAGGAGGUGAUUUAGAAACAUUCUUUAGAUAUUUAGARCUGAUUAGCAGUUUGUAACACCCUAAAUUAAUGCAAUUACAGUAC